UAGACGCGCACUAGAAUCAUGGAGUCGGCUGAAGUGACCGUGCAUUGCAAACGGCGGAGAGCGCAAUGGUUUCUGGGUGAAGCCGGGAUCGACGGAUGACAAACGAUGACAUUUGGCGUUUGGUAUCAAAGAUCCUCUAUACUGUUCUAAACCGUCUCUGUUGGUAGGCUUAUUUAAUACACGACCAGAAUCAGAUCGAGCCUCGUGAAUGGUGGACCUCGACCGACUUCCGGGUCAACUGGAAAUGACCCGCAGUCUGAACCGACCGUAGUUACGACAAUACAAGCGCACAGAAACGUAAGCAGGGCUGGCCUUGGUUCGGAAGCCGCAGUGGUGCUGCCUUCCUGCGCUCCACAGCCGUGCAGGGGCCGAGUCCCAUCGGCACACCGGGCCUGACGGCUCUGCUAGUAGAAGAACGGCACGCUCGAGCCGCUGGGAGAUUUCAUGUGAUCCGUUGUUCGUUAUAAAGUGUGAUUGGCUCCGUGUGCCAUCCGCUUCGGUUUUCGGUGUGCCCGUGAUGUAGGCCGAUAAUCCUGCUGGAGGACGGAGCGGUGGAGAUUACAUUUCCACACCUGUAGAGAAAACAAAGUGAAAGAGGCUUCUGUACUUCAUGUGCCCAUUAGCGUCUGCUUGGCAAGAUGAGUACAGACAGACCCAAACGGAAUAUCAUCAAAAAAAAAUAUGACAUCAGUGACGGGAUGCCUUGGUGUGAAGAACGUCUGGUCCGCAAAGUUCUUUUCCUCUCCCUCAGGGAAUUCAGAGACACACACCGUGCCUCACACAUACACACGCGCACACACAAACGCACGGUGAAAAAAACACUCUUACACGCUCAGCGAACAACACAGGCACAGAAAAACACGCGCACAAGACAGCGUGUGCACACGCCGCAACAAAGAGUCACACACAGAGCACCAAACACACAGAAAAACGCGCACAGUGCACAGAACAUGCAUAUUUCAAAACACCUACGCCCCCAUGAACACAACAACAAAGGGCAAAAAAUGAACUUGUCUCAGGACUCACACACACCAAAAAAUAAAUGCUCUCACACACUACAGAACAUGCAAACACAAUCAACAACGUGUGCAGGGAAAAUUACACACACUGUACAGCAAACCCACCUCCAAGAAAAUACUCACACGCUACAAAAGAGUUCUGGAUCAACCAGGACACUACGCUCACAUAAAACACAGAACACACAGUCGCUGCUCGACACGAAAUACACAGAAACUGCAAAACACACACACGCUCCUCGGCACAAACACUGCCAAAAGACCACCUGCACUCCUGAGAACACACCGCUGAGCCCCCCUGUCCCGGCCAGGACAUUGCGCUCACACACUCCCACAAGCCACAGCGGCCCCCGGGUUAAUGGCAUCAGCCGGCGUCAGUCCCUGCUGUCUGCUGGUCCCAGCUGGAGCUGGUCCUUACAGACACGGCCUCAGCAGCGCCGCCCUGCUAGCAUCCAUCGCCACAAGGAUGACCCCGCCAGCAAGAGACCAAGGCUGCGAGCGCAGAGGAAGUUCGCCCAGUCCCCCCCCAGCUCUCCAGGACCUGGAGUGUUGAUGACAGCAGCCCGGAGUAACCACAGCCUGGCCGUGGUCACCUGUCUGACCAGGUGCAGACCCAAGACUGAGGACUUCUUGUCUUUUCUCUGUCUGAGAGGUUCAGCAGCGCUGCCUAGCAACAUGGCCUUCGUAGCGAGUGGACGAGCCAAGGGGCCAGCUGGUGCUCGGCAUCUUACUUCCUGUCUUUCCACCAAUCACAGGACUGCAGCUGAGGGGAAGAACAUGAGCAUAUUCAGGAGAACAGCAGUGCAGCGAGACUCUCUGAGAGGGAGGCCUGGAGGCUCCUUCUGCCCUCUAACGGCCCGGGAACAGAGGAGGAGGGAGAGAGAGAGGAGAGAAGAGGAACAGCAGAGGAGGAUGAGGGGAGAGCGAGCUGAGAGACACCUCCUGAGACCUCGCCAGCUCUCCCUACAGGUCAGCAGGACCAACCAGGUUGCAAUGGUAACUGGACUCUCCGAACAAAGAACUUCCUGUGUCCGGUCAGUUCCUACCUUAAAGCCUGGCACCGGGGCAGGCAGCAGACGCUCCCCCAGGCCCUGCACAAGGCCGAGCAAUACCUGUAAACCAAGACCCCAGGAAAGCAACAACCAACACAUCUCCCGGCAUAGCAAACACCAGCUGCCUCGCAAUCAGCACCUUCCUCUCCACCACCCAACCGUCUCAAAGUACUAUAGCAACGCCAAGACCUUCGGUAGUGUCCAGAACUCAGGAAGACAUUCAAGCAGGACUCCAGCCCAAAUAACAUUGACUAAUGGCACAGUCAUCAGGUCGCUAAGGGAGAGCCCUGGGGUCCUGAGGUUGUCCAGGAGAAAGAGAGGCCUCCCACCAGACACCAGCCCUCCCCCUCCGAAGCGGAUUCCUUCGGGCAGCAACGCAUCAAAGAAGUGCAGGACAGUGCAAUACAAUGAUGGUGAUGUCCCAUCGGAGAGUGACUGCCAUAUUGGUGAGAUCCCACAGAGGGAGGCCAACUGUAACGAAGAGGUUAGAGUGGAGGACGUGAGUCAUAUUGGUGAUAUCGCUGGCAGCCAUGAUGAAGAACUUAAACAAGAAGGCAGCUGUGACCACGUUGGAGAGAUGAGACUGGAGAGGGACAGUUGUAUUAGUGAAGACCUACAGGACAAGGGCAAUGUUGGAAAGUUAAGUUUGAGCAGUGUCUCUGCUCUGGAGCCCUCUCAGGAAGGGGUCAACUUCACCAACAUCAUCACCGACUAUGACCUGAGCCCUGUAACUGAGGUCAUAUGCAGACAUGUGAGAGACAAAAGGCUGCAGAGAAAUCAGCCCGCGUCAUCCACAGUCCCUACGCUACUAACCAGGACUACUGAAUCUAGGACUGUUGCCAGAGCUGCUGCUGCUGCUGCUGCUGCUGCUGCUAGGACUACUGCAACUAAAGCUGCUAUCAACUCAGUGACAUCCAAACACAUACACACUGACCCACCAGCAAGUUAUUCUGCCAAGCACACUGCUAAGGGUACUAACAAAGCUACUAGUAAGGACAUUACCAAGUGUACUUCACCAGCCAGCAGGUACUCUAUCCAUAAUUCCAAAGGUGCUGCAAAGGACACUUCCAAGGGUACCAGAGAGGACUCGACAAAGGACUGCGCACCUGUCAGUAGCUAUUCUAGCACUUCCAGGGGCUCUACAAAGAGCCUUACCCAGACCAAGUGUACUACCUCAGCCAUUAAGACCAGGACCAGCCCUAGAACCCUUCAGAAGCGCCGACAAACCUGAGCUACAUCUGGAAACGUUGACAGAUCCACUGUUUGCUAUAUUGAGAAUUGAUGUUGAAGACAAUUAGCCAAGUAUUCAGAACAACAUUGGAUACUGUUGAUCAUAAGUGUCGCAUGAUGAUGGUUGUUGGCUGGUUGGAUAGUGACGUAGUGACUGUGUACUGUUCUCUACAUGUGUCAAUGAUUGUGGGAACAUUUUAAUUCUAAAGGUCAAAUAAAUAAUUGGAAGACAGCAUAAUGGCAGACACGCUGUAUACUGGACUGUAUAGUGAAAGGCCACUGUUUUCAGAAGUUUCACUGCUGAAUCCGAAAUUGCAGCUUGGUAUCGUAUUCAUAUGGAAAAGGCACUGGUUUUAUUAAAGCACAUAGUUUAAUUUGAA